AUGAUGUCGUGCCGCCAUCCAUCCAAUACGGUGUGCUGUCCCACACCAAAUCCCACUGUUCAAUUGAAAUUGUAUUACUCACACCGCCUGCGAUGUACCAUACGUACCAACCUCCUCUUCUUCUCCAAAGCCAGUCUUCGCCGGACAAAAUCAGAACACAAAAAUCAAUCGAGUCACUCUUCUUCACAACCAAUUCUCAAAGCCAUGAGUACUCCGGCACUUUCAGGAGGCGCGAGCUUGUUUACGGGAUUUACAAGGUUGUGCAAGGGCCUAGCGGUCGUUCUAGUUGGUGGACACAUUGUUCUUCAGAUCUUCCCUUCUGCCGCUAGUUACCUUGCUCUCAUUCCCGCCAAGACAAUUCCAUUUGCUUGGAAUCUCAUAACAGGUGGUUACAUUGAGCAAACAGUACAUGGGGUGGUCAUCAGCACAGUUGGUCUCCUUUUUAUUGGGAAGCUGCUUGAACCCCUUUGGGGUUCUAGGGAAUUCUUGAAGUUCAUCUUUGUAGUUAACUUCUUGACUUCUGUUUGUGUUUUCAUUACAGCUAUUUCUUUGUACUACAUAACAAGGCAGGAAAACUACCUUUAUAUGCCUCUUUCUGGUUUCCAUGGGGUCCUUUUGGGAUUCUUAGUUGGCAUCAAGCAAAUACUGCCCGACCAAGAGCUGUCAUUGCUGAGAAUAAAAGCAAAGUGGUUGCCAUCUCUCACGCUGUUGUUGUCCAUUGUUGUAAGCUUCUUUACAGAAGAGUCAGCUACGUACCUUCCAACAUUAAUAUUUGGCAUCUAUAUAAGCUGGAUUUACCUCAGAUACUGGCAAAGGAAACCAGAAACAAAACUUAGGGGAGAUCCUAGUGAUGAAUUUGCAUUUUCUACAUUCUUCCCUGAACUUUUAAGACCUGUCAUUGAUCCCAUUGCUACAAUUUUUGAUCGGAUACUCUGUGGAAGUUCUGAAACUUCCAAUGAGGCCAGGGGCUACACCCUAGGUGGAGCUCCAUUGCCUGGCUCUGACCCCAUUGAGGCAACUAGGAGGAGGGAAAGGGGUGCUCGAGCUCUGGAAGAGAGAUUAGCAGCUGACAUGUUGGUUACAGCGGGAAAGCCAGAAGAGUCAGAAAGAGAUGCCACAGAGAAUGUUUGAAAGCCCUGGAAAUGCAAUUUUUGUAAUCCAGGCAGCCAAGAUUCAUAUGCCUACUAUGCCUCCAUAAUGUCAGAGGUGGUCUGUUUUAUUCGUAUGCGUUGUCCGAUUGUGCAGGUGCGUAUGAUGUCAGGUUCAAUAUAGAUGAAUUUCAAGAGUUCUUGUGGUUGUUCUUUCCCCAUCCUUCAGUUUUUAUAAUAAUAUUUAUAUCCUAUUAUCAAUAAGCCGUAUUCAAUCCUUUUUUGUAACCUUGUAAUUAUUUAGUUCUUGUGUCAAAAUUUAUUCAAUUCAUAUUUCACUCAUUUAUAAAUCG